GACACGUUAUUGAAAGAAAAGCGGGUUGUAUGAGAUGACGGCCUGCCGGUUUGUUGCGCCUCCAUCUAAAUGCGACCUGAUUGGUCAGUCUCCGCUGUGACGGCCCUGAGCGUCUCUACUAGCGUUUCUUAUCAGCUGCUUCAGCUGCAGGACUCCACUUGUUUGUGCAAACAGGAUGAACAGCCUGAGUCUUUUUCUCCUCUUUUGUCACGCUGCAUCUUCAGUGAAACACUCGCUGAAAUAUUUCAUCACUGCUUCCUCUGGGAUCCAGGACUUCCCAGAAUUCGUUGGUGCAGCAUUGGUUGAUGAGGUUUUAGUGGGUUACUGUGACAGCAACAUCGGGAGAGCUGAACCCAGACAGGAAUGGAUGAAGUUGUUCCUAAAAGAUGCCCCCCAGCGCUUGAAGUGGUACACAGAUAAGUGCUCUGGUAAUCAGCAGGUCUUCAGAGCCAAUAUUAAUAAUUUGAAGACGCGCCUAAAUCAAACUGAAGGUGUUCACAUUUUUCAGAGGAUGAAUGGCUGCGAAUGGGAUGAUGAGACUGAAGAAGUCACAGGUUUUAAUCAGUAUGGUUAUGAUGGGGAAGUCUUCAUAGCGCUGGACCUGCAGACACUAACAUGGAUCGCUCCCAAACCACAGGCUGUCAACUUAAAACUGCAGUGGGAUACCGAAAAACCUCGAUUAGAAUACAACAAAGACUACUACAUCCACGAGUGCCCUAAAUGGCUGAAGAAGUACGUGAAACAUGGGAGGAACUCUCUGCAGAGAUCAGUUCUUCCCUCAGUGUCUCUCCUCCAGAGGACUCCUUCCUCUCCGGUCAGCUGUCACGCUACAGGUUUCUACCCUGACAGAGCCAUGAUGUUCUGGAGGAGAGAUGGAGAGGAAUUUCAUGAGGGUGUAGAGCACGGAGAGAUCCUCCCCAACCAUGAUGGGACCUUUCAGAUGAGUGUUGAGCUGAAAGUUUCAUCAGUGAAACCAGAGGACUGGAGCAGGUACGACUGUGUGUUUCAGCUCUCUGGUGUCGUGGACAUCAUCACCAGACUGGACAAAGCAGCGAUCCGGACCAACUGGACUUCUCCCUCAGAGUUUCCUGUUGGGCCUGCUGUGGGAGGUGUUGCAGCAGUUUUACUCCUCCUGUCAGUCUUUGGAUUCUUCAUGUGGAACCGAAACAAUAACGGGUUCCAGCUCGCAAACAGGGAGCAGUGAAGAUCAGAAGAUGAUGACUGGGCACUGAGUAUCAGCACAGUUUCCCAAACAGGGAAAGAUUUUGAUUUGGAGAGUGCAGAUGUUUCUGAAUAGAGUAACAACCACUGAGUCAAGCAGUGUACACACAGUACGUAUACAGCACUUUUCUGCUGAUUGACUGCUGGUUUAAUUUGAUGACUACUGUAUGUAAUCAGUCUGGACACAAUAUACUGAUGGAAAUUACUUCAAACUGCUCCUGGAUCAGCAGACUGGACAGCUUUCAUGAGCUGAACAGAGAGUGUGUGUAUAGCAGAGAUGCAGCUUUCAGGUCUGAAAUGCGAAGCAAAUGUGGAAGUACCUUAAUCCUGCAUUCUUUCUAAUAGCCAGCAGGGGGAGACUCAGCUGACUGUAGUACAAUCUUUGGCAGAUGACCAAACAGCUCCCUUGAACUGUGAUCUCAGUAAAUGGUUUCCCCAUGUGUU